CCCCGUCAACUGUCAACUUUUAUUUAGGUUAAACUGUCAAACAAAAUGUAAACAUUCGGCAAAAAUUAUUACUCAUCUUAUGAUGUUUCUUAUUAAAUUACAAUUAGGAUUUGUAAUUAGCGAUGUUCUUUUCUAGCUAAUACCUAGAAUAAUUUCAGGCUUUUGGACCAGUUUUAUAUCAUGCGAUACUCACGUAAGAAAAUUUUCUUAUGUAUGUUAUCAGUAUUAUUAAUAGGAACUAUUGUUUAUAUCGAACUAUUUUCAUAUUAUAUAAACACUUACAAUUGGCGACAAAUACAGUGUCAACACAGAGAUAAAUGUACAAAAAUACUUCUUGUAGCUGAUCCUCAAAUUAUAGGCAAUCAUGAAGAAAUACUACAUUUCCUUACACCACUUACUAUUUUUGACAGUGAUAGGUUCCUUAUGAAAACAUAUAUACAUGCUUACAAUUUUAUUGAACCAGAUAUUGUAAUAUUUCUGGGAGAUUUAAUGGAUGAAGCACAUAGAGCUUCAAAUCAUGAAUUUCACCAAUAUGUUAGAAGAAUCAUAAAUAUCUUUUUGGAUACUUCAAGUUCCUCAUCAGUUCGACAUAUCUGGUUACCUGGAGAUAAUGAUAUUGGAGGUGAAGAUUCUUUAGUUACAAAAGAGAAAAUAGAGAGGUUUGAACAUGCCUUUUCCCAACCUAGCUUUAUUACAUUUAGACAUCUAAAUUUGUUCAAAAUAAACAGGCUAGUUUCUGAAAUUCCAGUUUACAAAAAGAAGAGGGAAUUUUUUGAUACCAGUGAGAUAUUUAUUGGUCUAAGUCAUGUGCCCUUACUGUUUAAACCUUCAAUAUUUGUAGAAAAGGUUUUGAAUAAAAUGAUGCCUCAUGUGUUAUUCACUGCCCACGAACACAAAUCAAUGAUAAUCAAUACAGAUGCUCAUCUCAGACAAGAUAUUCACCUUACACAAGUCACACCAGAAAAUCAUGAAAUAUUUGAAUACUCUUUAGGAACAAAAGAUAUAUAUGAAUUCUUAAUACCAACUGCCUCUUAUAGGAUGGGAACAAAUAAAAUAGGUUAUGGAUAUGCUGUAAUAGAAAAUAAUGAUCUGAAAUAUACUGUUUUAUGGUCUCCGUCCAGAUUUAACCAUUUAAUAUUAUAUGGCUUUUUGGUUUUUCUGUUAUUUUUAUACAGUUUAAAUAAAAUUCUUUGUAAGUGCUGCAGGCUUUUAAAGUGCUCACACAGAAAGAAAAUUUACAGUUAUUAACCCUUUAGCUUUUUGAACAAAAUACUGAUCUGAAAUUAUGUGGUCUCCGUCCAGAUAUACAACUUAAAAAUGUUUAUUAGUAUUUAGAUUUUUAAUUUAUAAGUAAAAUUGUAUAGUAAUGUUACAAUCUAUUAUGAUCUGAUGGGAUGAGAAGCAAAAUAUUUUUGUCUUAUUCAUUCAAAUUGAUUGAUUUUUAAUUCUUUAAUGGGUAUAAAGGCAAUUGUACUUUUGUUAUUACUUCUUAUAAAAUUAGACAAAUCUUUAUAUGGGUGAUCCACAAAAAAUGUUUCUAAGAAGACCUUGGAAAAAUUGACGAAUUGUUAGUUUGGAUUUAAUUUCUUGCUGUGCUUAGUUAUCGCAGGCAUGUCUCGUAUUUAUCUGUCUUUGUGGGUCAUAGCCUACUUUAGAAAUAUUUUUUGUGGAUUACUCUUUGUAAAGAGGUAACAUAUUAUUGCAACAUUGUACAUAUCUUUAAUAUUAUUUACAUUAGCCUUUUAGGUUUGUUGUAUAAAUAUGAAUAUGAACAAUUUAUGAAAUACUUUAUUAGCAGUUAGCAUAUUUUUGUACCUGACCUCAAUAAAUAGCUAUUUAUAUAA